UCACCUCGGCCAGACGAUCGGGAGCGACAGUUAUCCUAACAUUUAUAAUAACAGGUUAACUGGUGUUUUGUUUCAAAAUAAAAUAGCGUGCGUAACGGUGCGUGCGUCUGAGUCCGCUGCGUAAAGCCACGCCCUCUGUUCUCUCCGCGAGCUGGAACAUUUUGUUUAUGAGGACACAUUAGUUGCUCCGCUGGACAGGCUGUAAUACCCCACCGGGUUCCUCCCCACUGACAACAAAACAAAAAAGAAAGGAAACCCCCAAGCGUGGACAGACUUCUCCGAACCCCCCACCGAGAAAGGGUAGACAAAAAGUGGGCAUCCAACUUUACCAAUUCAGGGUUAAAGUAAUGAAAGAGGAACACGCCUUCCCUGCUCACUUAGAACAAGAGGCAAACUAUGGAUAUCUGCGACGGGACGAAGAGGAGAAAGGUGCGGGGAUGCGUGCGGGGAUGCAGGCGCAGCGUGGCCAGGAAGACGAAGCGAGAGGCGGCGUGCAAAGUCCUCCGCUCCCUCACGGUUGAGGACAACAACAACCGCAAGAAGUCCGUGGAGGAAGAGGAGUACGAAGAAGAAGAAGAAGAGGGCGACUGCUGCUUCACGGUCAGCUUCCAGCGACAUGACCGGCUGGACUCCCCCCCGGUGGCGUCCCCUCGCUACAGCCUGCUGCGGGAGGUCGGCCGGGGAAGCUACGGGGUGGUGUACGAGGCCGUGGCCCGCAGGACAGGGGCCAGGGUGGCGGUGAAGAGGCUCCAGUGCGACGCUCCAGAGAAAGUGGAGCUGGCUCUGGCCGAGUUCUGGGCACUGACGAGCCUGGAGAACCGGCACCAGAACGUGGUCCAGCUGGAGGAGUGCGUCCUGCAGCGGAACGGCCUGGCACAGAAGAUGAGCCACGGCAACAAGAGGUCCAAGCAGUACCUGCGCCUGGUGGAAACCUCCCUCAAAGGCGAACGCAUCUUUGGUAACCCGGAACAACCGUGUUACCUCUGGUUCGUCAUGGAGUUUUGCGAGGGCGGGGACCUCAACCAGUACAUUCUGUCCCGUCGGCCUGACCCUCAGACCAACAGGAGCUUUAUGCGGCAGUUGACCAGCGCUGUGGCAUUCCUGCACAAGAACAACAUUGUCCACCGUGACCUGAAACCAGAUAACAUUCUGAUCUCGCAAAAGUCUGGCUCACCUGUUCUCAAAGUGGCUGACUUUGGCCUCAGUAAAGUUUGUGCUGGCCUGAGCUCCAAGGACAGCGAUGAACGGCCCGCGGUAGGAACUGUCGACAAAGGCAGCAACCAGAACAACAUCAUGAACAUUAAUAAGUUCUGGUUGUCGUCGGCUUGUGGCUCAGACUUCUACAUGGCCCCCGAGGUGUGGGAGGGCCACUACACAGCCAAAGCUGACAUCUUUGCCUUGGGCAUCAUCAUCUGGGCGAUGAUUGAGCGCAUCACUUUCAUCGACGCGGAGUCCAAGCGCGAACUUCUGGGCACCUACAUUCGUCAGGGCUCGGAGAUCAUACCCGUCGGGGAGGCUCUGCUGGAGAACCCAAAGAUGGUGCUCCACAUCCCUCAAAAGGCCAGAAGCUCCAUGGCUGAAGAUGUGAAGAAACUCCUCCAGGACAUGCUCGCAGUCAACCCUCAGGACCGACCAGACGCCUUCCAGCUGGAGAUACGGGUGAACCAAGUCACCUGCGCUGCGUGACAGCCCACCACUCUCCCUAAAGCCCUCCCUUCUUUUGCUCCAACAAGCAAAAGAAGGGACUUCUUCCCAAAUGUGUUUACUACAUGGAUAUGAUUUCAAGUGAAAAAAAAGGGACACAAACUGACCUGUGAAGAAUCUUCACUCAUAAUUUCAGGAAGUGUUCGGCUGAUAAUUCCAAAAGCCUGGGACGCGGACAGUAAGCAAAUCAGGCGAGAACAGCUUCCAGCAUCGUCGAGCUACAGCUUCACCGUGGAACUGAAGCGACUUGCUUUUCGAUAUUUUCUUAUUCCCUGCGUACUCAACUGUGACACUGCACCAGUGUUCUCCUGUACAUCCUCGUGCCUUAACCACGGUUUCUCAAACAAAUGUGAGUGGAUCUUCAAAUAAAGUCAUUUCUUUGUGGUUUACAGUAGAAGCUCACACACAGAAGGUAGACGUUUAAUGAGCCCGGAGCUAUUUUUUUAGUGUCAUACAAGUUUGGGAAUGUGCAGAAACGUGCCGGCUGGCUUAGGUGAAUCAUUUGCUUUCAGUUUGCAAAAACGAUCGUGGAGACUUUUAAUUUGGUGCCCCUCCUCUGCUCGGGCACUGAAAUUCACUCAUGAUAAUGAAGCUGAAGUAAAAAUGAAGGCAGUGAAGUAGCAUGCCCGUCUUUAUUUCUUGUUACUUCGUCAGCUUCACUUCACUCCGGCUCGUUGUGUACGGGCAAAAAAAAAAAAAAAAAGACGUGCCGACGACUCAAAUGGAAACUUCACUACCUCACUAAUCAAAAAUAUACAGAAUUACCGGAAAGAUGGGGGUAAAAAAAAAUACAAAAUGAUUACAACACAAGUAUGCAGUUAAAGGAUGGGGUUGAGCCAUAGAAAGUAACGGGUUUGUGUGUUUAGUCUCUCCAGCACUGAGGAGCUCCUCUUGAUCUCACACAGUAGCUUUAGUUUAACGCGUUCGGCUUCAGUUCAGUGCGACUCAGUAGUUGUAGAUUUGAAGGUGUUUUGUAGUGUGAUCCUACCUCAUUCUCAGCACUCUGAAACAUCCUAUCUACCUUGACAGUAUCUUUACCUACCAUGUCUUCCUUAUGCAAGGGACAGUUUCAGUGUGAUAGAUUUUUUUUUUUUUUUUUUUUUUUACCUCUGAUUCAAUCUCUUUUAUAUUGAACUAACCUUGCUUUUUUUUUUUUUUUUUUGCUAAUCUACACCUCACAAUAUCUGUAACUUCUCUCUCAAUGGUUGUGACAGAGCUCCCGUUGUCUUAGAUUUUAACAUGUCACCCAUCGACUAAAGCUCCAAUCUUUUAUAGUUGUGCUUGUGUCAAACAGAGCAGACCUAUCUAGACCAUCAAUGAAACUAACUUUUCCUCGUUUUUACGAGUAAUAACCAUCCUUUAACAGCAAGAUAAUCUAACCAUUUCUCAGUUUUGACUCUUUAUAUCUGAUUGAAAAGGGUCAAAAAGGUUCAUUUUGGCUCGAUGCAAAUGAUUAAAAAUAAUAAAUAAUAAACCCCCACCUUCGAUAAUCAGUGGGUGCUGGCACACCCAGUUAUCUACAGAUUCGAUCAAGUACUUCUUUCAAUGCGUAGCAAGAACCUAGACACCUCAAACACAACUACCAGUGCCAUUGUAGCUUAAUAUUAUGAUUUACAAAUGACAAAUUUGUAUUUUUCCAAUGGGAGCUCUGAAAUUUUAACACAUCUGUCGCCUUAGAUGAGACAAAAGUAAGUAGGGAUGAGAAUCGUUUUUCUUUCCACUAACAGACUAAUGUAGCACAUGCUUUAAAGAGUCCUUUCGCUAUGUUCACUCAGCAGUCUUUUCAUACCGUUACAUGUUCCUAAGCUUUAAAAGUAAUAAGUUCCCUUAUUACCAAAAGACUUUACUGACAUGCCCUGUGGCCACUGUGAGUCUGUAUUUAACACUCUUUAUACUUUUAUUUUUUAUUAAGGAUUUCACUGAAAACACUUUACUUUGUGCAAAAAUAGUUCACUGCCUCGCUGUCUGUAAACGCCACACGGAGUAGCCACCGCUCCCAAACACUUUGUAUUGUAAUAUCUUGAAUUUGCUCCUUUUUUUUUAGUGUAUAUUUGCAGUGUGUACAGAGAUGCGUCGUUCAGAUGAUGAUGGGCAAAGAUAACUUUUUUUUUUUUUUUUUUUUUCUGUGAGGAAACAUUAGAUGUUUUGGCAUUUUGCUGUAAUAUGUUUGACAACUUUUCCUGGAAUAAAUGAGCAAAAUUAGUGUGCGAGUAUGUAAGUAAGUAAGUAGGAGUGUGCGUGCUGGAUUAUCCCCCAGCUAAAUAGACCCUUGCUUCCUCGGACUUUUUUGACUAACCACCAGAAAAGUGUAUUGUUUUUUUUUUUUUCUUGUGUAUGUUUUUAAUAAAACGUUUUCAUGAGCCAUU